CAGGACGCAUCUGACAAGAGAGGCCUGGGCGUUGGGAGGCGGUGCUGUGGAAGCUUUUCCAUUUCUCGGCAACAGGAAGAACGAAAGCCGGAAUUCUAAGGAGUUGUGCGCUCUUUGUAAAGUGUAACAGAUACAUUGAUUGAUGUAUUGAUUUCCAUUAUCACUAGUCAACAUAUUAGGAUGGCUUUAUAGUUACAUUGUAUGCUGUCUUUUAUUAGACAGUAAAUAAAUUUUGAUUAAUAAUAGUUGGUGAUAAUUAUAUUUGUGAUCCUGAAACAUCUGGAAGAAGCAAGCCUGAAAUAAAAGAUUGGUGAUGGCGUUGGUGAAAAGUGGAUGGUUGCUCCGACAAAGUACUAUAUUACGACGCUGGAAGAAAAAUUGGUUUGAUUUGUGGUCUGAUGGCCAUUUAUUGUUUUAUGAUGACCAGCAUAGGCAUGAUCUAGAAGAUAGAGUUCACAUGAAAAUUGACUGUAUCAAUAUCAGAGGGGGAAAUGAAUGCCGAGGUUUUCAUCCUCCGGAGGGCAAAGCUAAAGACUGCUUGCUGCAGAUAAUUUGCCGUGAUGGGAAGGUGCUCAAUCUCUGUGCAGAAAGUACCGAUGAUUGCUUGGCUUGGAAAAUUGCUCUUCAGGAUGCUAGAACAAAUGAAGCUUAUGUUGCUUCUGAGGUGAUGUAUGAUGACAAUGCGAUUUCUUCAGCACCCCCGCCAUAUACAGCUUACGCAACACCAUCACCUGAGGUUUAUGGUUACCCACAAUACAAUGGUGUAUAUCCAGGAUCUCAGAUCAUCUACACUUCUAAUGGACAGACAUAUGCUGUACCUUACCAAUACCCAAACCAAGGUUCCUAUGGCCCGCUUCCUGCAAACCAUGUCAUCAUUCGAGAACGUUACCGAGAUACUGAUGGAGAUCUGGCAUUGGGCAUGUUGGCUGGGGCAGCUACAGGAAUGGCCCUGGGCUCAUUGUUUUGGGUAUUUUAGGUUUCCUGUGGAACUUCAAGUUGAAGGAGGUUCUUAUUAUCUUCUGUGUAUAAUAAUAUAUAUAUUAGUAAAGUAGUGUAUAGGCAUUUCAUAAGUUCCUAACAAUAUGUUGGCUAAUGAUACACUGGAAUUAGUUAAUCACAUUCUUAAUCAUCCAGAAAGUUCACUUUAGUUAAGAAAGGUCAAGUAAGUUUGAGCCUAUGUAAUGAUAAACAAGUAGCAGUAAUAACAAGUGAAGUAUUACUAAUAGUGGCUAAACAACAACUGACUUCAUUUUACAGUGAAAUAUUAACAAUUCUCUUAAAAUUACUUCAACUGCUGCCUCAAAAGGAAGCUCAAGUAUCUUUUUUAAACACUCGUCGAAGACAAAAGAUAAUGACUUUAUACACUUUGUGGAGAGAGAAAGAGAACCUCUAUGUGUGGAUUUAGGCUGUUCUUACAUUUCAACAAUUAGUAAAUAUUUGCCAUAAAGGCAGAUGGAAAUAUAUAAAUCCUCCUAGAUCACCAUAAACACUCCAACGUUUUGUUUUGAAACUAUUCCAAUCUGUACUUGAAGGAGUUUGAUGACCAUGCAAAUAAUGCCAGUGUCAUAUAAGUUGCUAUUUUAUUUAGUUGGAAGACUAGCAAAAGCCUGGACAUCAACCUCUGGAUCUGCUGUGUUGAAUUAUUAGCAUAUUAUUUAGAACUCUGGGAGUUUGCCAUCCCAUCCCAUCAGAGGGAUGUCAAGUAGGGAACAGGGACUACAUAUUAACACACUCAAUUUGAGAAUUUUAGCUGUGCCAGAAUAAAUCAAGUAGCAAAAUGAUUCAACCUGCAUGUGAAAAUAAUUUGGCUUUGAGUCGUGAUAAAUAGUAGGAGUUGUUAUAGUUCUACUGGGCAUGUAAAGCCUUUUUUAUAUUAGUCUAAAUAUAGAGAACGGAGCCUAACAAAAACUUUCUUUUUAUUGAAAAUUAGUUUUAAUAAUUAUAUACCUUUCUGGAUAUUGUAAAAAGGCUAGUCCUUGGUGAUUAAGAUUGCCAUACAUCUAAGAGUUUCUGAUGAGUUUCGUUUAAUACUUUUAACUCACACACAAUAGUAGCAGUAAGAACCAGAUAUUUUUAUAAACAGUGCAUGCAUGUCCUGUUGAAAUCUUAAGAUCUGCAUACAGUUCUUCCAGUUGUCUUUUAUUGUUCUUUGUUUUGCAAAGUUGAAACUUUCACAGAAGCAGACUUGGGUGAUGCCAUAUAUAUAGGCAAGUGCUAAUACAGUGUGUGAUAUUCUGUUGAGUUAGGAUAAUUAAAUCAAAGCUGGGUGAUGGCAUAAGAAAUUUUAAUACUGGUUUCUGUAAGCUUUGUAUUAAGCAUAUGCUGUUACUUUUUGCCUUAGGGAUAUAUGCAACAACACAAUUUAAUGAGAGAUAUGGGUGUCAUCUAUCAUUGGAAGCUUUCUUUUAAAGAAAUGAAUAAUCUCUCUGCUAAGAUAUUUUUCUUGUUUCGAUGAGUAGAUCCAGUCUAGGACAUUUCAUGUGAUCACACUGUAAAUUGAAGAUAAUAAAUGUUUCAUAAAUAUAUGUAUUUAAAUAAUUUAUAAGUUAUGUUGGAAUAUAUAAGUUACAUUGGAAGCCUUUAAGAUAUAAGAAACUGAUUAUAUAGUGAAAAUUAAUACUAGUGUUUGCUCUUUUUAUGUAACUUGUCAAGUGCACCUUUUAUGUUUCUCAUAGAUUUCUCCAAAUCCCCUAUUUCUAUCUACUGUAUUUGUACUUUGAAAAAAAUAAAUAAAUCUAGUCUUUGAACUGCUACAA